GAUUUUUGAGAUGGCCUAGUCGCUCGGCCCCUGCGGCAACGUCGGGUAAUGGCGCCGAUUCCAUUAUUCACUUCACCGCGAGCCCUCUCGCCCUUCUGUUCCCUCCACUCGUCAUUCGUCCUCCACAAUCCCCAAAGCUCCAACCCUGAACCCUUCAAGAAAUCACUGCUAGCUACUUUUUGUCCGGAGCCAGUCGCGUGUCGGGCCUCACGCAGGCCGCCCGCGUCUGAGACUGCGUCGUUGCCUACCGCCGACCCUUCCGUCGUUGAGGCGGAGGGAACCGGCGCGGCCGCUCCGAGCCCUGGUGAGCGUUUCCUCGAGCACCAGCACGCUAGGGCCAGAGCCGUGCUUAUCCUGAAGCAGAGUGGUUCCAAGGAGAAGAAGAAGAAUAAAAGAGGCAAGGCUGUGUCGUCCUCCUUAGAAGUUUGCUGCUAUGGCUGUGGCGCUCCGCUGCAGACGGAAGAGGCGGAUGCACCAGGCUUUGUUGAUCCCGAGAUAUUUGAGCUGAAAAAGAAGCAUCACCAACUUAGAACUAUACUUUGUGGUAGAUGUAAGCUACUGUCCCAUGGGCACAUGGUGACUGCUGUUGGUGGCCAUGGUGGCUAUUCAGGUGGUAAGCAAUUCAUUUUAGCUGAGGAACUUCGAGAAAAGCUUUCAGACAUCUGUUAUGACAAAGUGCUGAUAGUUAAGCUGGUUGAUAUAGUUGAUUUCAAUGGAAGUUUUUUAGCACGAAUACGUGAUCUUGCUGGUGCUAAUCCAAUUAUACUAGUUGUAACUAAGGUUGAUCUUCUUCCUAAGGGUACAGAUCUGAAUUGUGUGGGAGACUGGGUUGUGGAAACUACUAUGAAGAAGAAGCUCAAUGUCAUCAGCGUACACCUGACUAGUUCGAAGUCUUUGGUUGGGAUUGCUGGAGUUAUAUCAGAGAUUCAGAAGGAGAGAAAGGGGCGGGAUGUUUAUAUUCUGGGAUCAGCUAAUGUUGGAAAAUCCGCUUUCAUUAGUGCUUUGCUUAAAACAAUGGCAAAAAAGAAUCCGGUUGCUGCUGCUGCUCAUAAGUACAAACCAAUGCAGUCUGCUGUUCCUGGAACAACGCUAGGGCGCAUUAAAAUUGAAGCUUUUCAAGGAGGAGGUAACUUUUUUGACACGCCAGGAGUGCAUCUUCAUCAUAGGCAGGCUGCAGUUGUUCAUUCUGAAGAUCUUCCUUUCCUUGCACCUCAAAGUCGUCUCAGGGGGCAAUCAUUCCCUGUAGUAUCAAAGAGUAAUCUUACUGCCGCAGACAAUGUCGGUUUAAAUGGAUUCUCAAUCUUCUGGGGUGGACUUGUGCGUAUUGACGUCCUUAAGGUUCUGCCGCAGACACGUUUGACAUUUUUUGGACCCCGCAAAUUGCAGAUUCUCAUGGUCCCAACUGCUGAAGCUGAUGAGUUUUACCAUAAAGAAGUUGGAGUUUUGUUGACACCUCCAUCUGAAAAGCUAAGGGAACUAUGGCCAGGACUUCAAUCUGUGCGUCAGUUGAAAAUAAAAUUUGAAGACCAAAAGAGACCUGCAUCCGACAUUGCAAUAUCUGGGCUGGGUUGGAUUUCGGUCGAGCCAUUUGGUCUCGGGGUUGGUCAAAACGAGUUUGUGGACUGCAAAGGAGAACUGCACUUGGAUGUUCAUGUCCCCAAACCAGUGGAGAUUUUUGUCCGGCCACCAAUGCCUGUUGGCUCAGGCAGUGCAGAGUGGUACCAAUAUCAGGAGCUAACAGAGGCAGAAGAGGAGCUGAGACCUAAGUGGUACUACUAGCAUGGGUUCCUCCCUUCGAAGUUGCAAUAUAGUAUUUAUCCCAAUUUUGUAAAGUUUAGUUUCCAUGUCCAACAGAGCUAUAAUUGUUGCGAUUGAAGCUAUGAUUGCGGUAACUGAAACUAUUUGAUGCCUCCUGAAUCAAAAGUGGACUCAUAUUGAUUCCCAAUAUUUGCGUUUUGAAUACUUUGGAAGCGUUUAGUCGA